GACGACGACCGGGCCACUCCUCCUGCCAUUUCCCCGAGCUGCUGUCAUCUCUCGUAUUUGAUGGACGAGCGGCUGCUGCUUCAGCUGGAUGAGCACGAAGCGAAGCUGGGGAAGGUGCUGGCGCAACAAGAGAGCAUGUUGCAGUCAGCGAUUCUGGAAAGCUUUGACCAAAUGCGUCACGACUUGAAAGCGGUGCAAAGGCUGCAUCCCGAGCCGGCUCCAGAGAGCCUCUCAGAGCUGAACUUGCUGAGCCAGCUGAAUGGCACUUGGCAGCCACAUGCCUCGGGCGAUGAUCCCCCGGCUAUGUCACCGGUUCCGAGUCUUCCGAGUGAGCAUCCAAUCUCGCAGUCCAUGGUGGUUACAUUCCCACCAGAAGUUGAUUCGCCUGGUUCCGUAUCAUCAGGACAUGAGGUGGACGCAGCAAACGUCUUCCGAAACGUGACAGACCUCACGUUGGCAACAGAACACGAGCAGAAUUGCAUCUCGCUGCGAUGGAUCCGGCUCCUGGACUACAUUGCUGCAGCUCUUGUCGUCCUGCAUACAAUCGCGUUGAUCUUCGAGCUGGAGCUGGAAGGAAGAGCAGCGCAUGUUGACAUGACGUCCAGUGGGCCACUUUCGACAGACAAUCUGCGGCCGUACUUUCGCGCCGUGGAUGGCACUUUCGAUGUUCUCUUCAUAUGCGAGCUCCUUUGUCGAGUGGCCGUGGAAAGAGGCAGCUUUCGGCACAGCUUCGCAAACCUGUUCGAUUCCUUGCUGUGCAUGUUUGCAGCCUUCGAUCUGUUUUACGUGCUGCUGCAAGAGGCAGACAGGAGCAACCUGGGCACCGUUCAACGCAACAUUUUGCGGGCCAUCAGCUCUUUAAGAGCAUUGCGCCUUCUUCGUGUGUUGCGGCUGUGUAAUGGCCUACAAGUCCUUCUGAAAGCUUGUCAAUCCUUUGCAUCUUCGCUGUGUUGGUCAAUGGUGCUACUGCUGAUCUUCAUCAUUGUGGGUGCCCUCGUCAUCGGGAACAUCCUACAGGAUUUCAUUCAAGAUCAGUCGGCGAAUCUGGAAGACAGACAGUGGAUCUGGCAUCACUACGGCACAGCUUAUCGCUCCUGGCUCACCUUGUACGAGGUGACAUUUGCUGGCAGCUGGCCUACAAGAACACGUCCGGUCCUGGACAAGGUAAGCCAGGGCUUUGCCAUUUUUUUUGUACUUUACACAACGGUGAUUGCCUUUGCGCUUAUUCGCAUCAUCACUGCCAUCUUUCUCAAAGACACGCUCGAUGCCGCAAACAAUGACGCCGAACUGCAAAUCAUGGAGAACAUGGCACGGCGGGAAAGGUUCGUGCGCCACUUGCAGGGCAUCUUUCGGGCAAUCGACGACACAGGAGAUGGCAUGAUCACCCAGAAGCGACUGGAAAAAGUCCUCUCCAAUCCGAAGGUGAGGGCAUACUUUCAGACCUUGGACUUGGACAUAACGGAGAGCACGGCACUGUUCCAUUUGCUGGAUGAUGGUGACGGUGAAGUAACGCUUCACGAGUUUAUCUCUGGCAUCCUUCGAUGUAAGGGCCACGCGCGUGCGAUAGACCAGGUGGCUUUGCACACAGACAUCAGGAUGCUGGACAAGAAGGUUUCCAGAUUGGGGGAGGUAUUGCUUUCUUCUUCACCUUCUGGCCGAAAAUCUGAUGUAGUAUCAGCGCGCCAUCUGCGAGACAGCCAUGCAGAACUACUCUGCAUGUUCCGUACCAAGAGCGCCAGCAACGACUUGAUUCUCUGA